AUGAAACGAAAGACUCCGUUUACCUCGUCGGUAAAAAGUAAAUCUAACUCAGAGUCAACACGACAUAUAGAAGAUAGUUCAUCAGAUGAUCAGUCAUCAAAGCAAGUAUUAGAAAAUAAAUUAGAUAAACAGUCAAACGAAGAGAAGGUAGAAGGUAAACAAACUAUCUGGAAUCAAAUUACUAGAGAGCAAUUUAUAUCUGCUGUUAAGGAAUUAGGAUCCGAUAAAAAGCAACUUGAUAAGGAAACAUGGCGCUUUAAUUAUUUCACGCUUUCUAAAGAAUCUAUUUGGGGUCGUUUGAUAUCGAAACUGAAAUUAAAUGAAACAGAAAAUAUACGUCAAUCUUUGUAUAAUGUUUGGCGACGACAUCGUCCAAAAAUUGAAGAUGAGAUAUCUGAAAAACGUGUUGAUUCUGUUGAAGAAGAUAAUAAAACAGAUAAAAGAAAUAAAGUUGAGCUGUCAUUAUCGAACCCUGAGACCACAUGUAAGUCGCCUUCAUGCGAGCGAACAUUUGAAAUUUUUAUCAGAGAUGAACCAAUAGGGAGAGAUAGUAUCGUUGUUCGUAUACGAGCUGUAGGAGACGAAAACCAUAGUGCAGAUGAAAAGGCAGUAGCGCGACAUUUAACUGGAAAAGAUAGACUUGAAGUUGGAAAUGCAGCCAAUACAAUCGGCUGCUUAAAAGUCUUUCAACAAAAGAUUGAAAAUGCUAGUGAAGAAAUGUUAUCCGCUCGUAAUUUCACCGGUUGUGAAACUACAGAAGUCAUAAAACAUGCAGCA